AGUGCGUCCUAUAGAGUGACAUCGCGUGUGUUUGUGUCACUAUCAAUGCUGCGCGUGUGAGAGUAAAGCGUCCUGAAUGGUCUGUGUUGCUGUUCACUUGACUGUGACCUUUGUUACCACUGACUGACCCACAGGAAGUAGGUGGAUUUACGGUGCUUCAGCUUUCAUUCAUGAUAUGAAGGGAAAGGACCCUAAAUCAGCAACACUCUCAGUGAAUAGAGCAACAGUCACACCAUGGAGACCACCACAGAGAGCUCAACUCUUUCUUCAUGGAGGGAAUGUUUUGUGUUAAGACGUGUGCGCAUGUUGAUCCCUGUCGGGUUCAAGGCAGAAGUCAGAGAGUUGUUUAAACUGGCUGGACCAGUGAUGAUAGCCCAGCUCAUGACUAUGGCUGUGGGUUUUGUCAGUACUGUUUUCUGUGGCCAUUUGGGAAAAGUAGAGCUGGCAGGAGUGUCUUUAGCCAUAACAGUUAUUAAUGUUACAGGUAUAUCUAUUGGCGUUGGUUUAGCAUCAGCGUGUGAUACACUGAUUUCUCAGACCUUUGGGAGUCGCAAUCUCCUGAGAGUUGGGGUCAUUCUGCAGCGGGGGAUCCUCAUAUUGUUACUGGCAUGUUUCCCCUGCUGGGCACUUUUUGUCAACACAGAGAACAUCUUGUUGGCGGUCAGACAGGAGCCAGAGGUCGCCAGGUUGUCUCAGAUGUAUGUGAAUAUCUUUAUGCCAGCACUUCCUGCUACAUUCAUGUAUUCAUUGGAAACAAAAUAUCUGCAAAACCAGGGCAUCAUAUGGCCAGAGGUUAUCACAGGCGUUGUGGUCAAUCUCCUUAAUGCACUCAUAAACUACAUCCUUCUCUUCCAAUUCAAUCUGGGAAUAAAAGGUUCUGCUGCUGCCAACACAAUUUCUCAGUUUUCCCUGGCUGGGAUUCUCUAUGCUUAUAUCAUAUGUAAAGGUCUUCACAAGGCCACUUGGGGAGGUUGGUCUAAAGAAUGCCUGCGGGAUUGGCGCUCAUACAUCUACUUGGCCAUCCCCAGCAUGGUCAUGUUGUGUGUUGAUUGGUGGACGUAUGAGAUUGGAGGUUUUCUAGCAGGUCUGAUAAGUGAGACAGAACUCGGAGCUCAGUCUGUUAUGUUCCAAGUAUACAAUGUUGCUUACAUGUUUCCUCUGGGGUUCAGUGUGGCAGGCAAUGUGAGAGUUGGACAUGCCUUGGGAGCUGGAGAAACAGAGCAGGCCAAGCGGUCUGCUAAAAUAGCAAUAUUCUGUGGAGGGUCAAUCUCUAUAUGUGUGGCAAUUCUGAUUGGGAGCUUGAAGGACCAUAUCUCUUAUGUCUUUACAAAUGAUGAACAAAUCAGACAGAAGGUUGCAGAUAUUAUGUCUUUUUAUGCUCCAUUCUUCACCCUAGAUGCAUUAUCAGCUACCUCAGGAGGCAUUAUAAGAGGAGCAGGUAAACAGAAAGUUGGGGCUGUUGUCAACACUGUGGGUUACUAUGGUAUUGGUUUUCCUAUUGGAGUGCCACUGAUGUUUGCAGCCAAAUUAGGAAUAAAGGGUCUGUGGACAGGCUUCUUAACAUGUGUGUCUAUGCAGUGCUCUUUCUUUAUUAUCUACCUGUUGAGGAUGAAUUGGAAGAAAGCAACACAAGAGGCUCAGAUCAGAGCUGGAGUGAGUGGAAGCUCUAUAGACAUGGAUUCCCAACCAGAUGAUUUGGGAGAGUCAGAGGGCCAAACAGAUAUGAUGGACCUGGUUGAGACUGAGGUGGAACCAGCAGUGGAAGACGAGCUCCCCUAUACUACUGUGGUUGUGCGUAGGGGUCUGGCUCUUGCUGGCAUGCUGUUCAUCCUGGCUGCUGGAGUCAUUAUUAACCUACUGGUAACCCACUAGGGUACAUGAACAUGAGCAAAGUCUGUUGUAUUCAGAGUAGCUUUGAUAUUAAGCCACCAGUGCACAAUGUGAUGCAGAUGUUUGCAUUACAUGAUGUCAAAGCAGGACCUGCAGUAGACAGGCACGACUGCAGAUCAGCAGAAAGCAGAUGGAAGGCACACAAAGAGAAAAAGUUCAUGAUCACCGAAUGAAUGCUUAAAGAAUUCAGUCACAAUAUUUCACAGCAAAUUUACCAAUUUUAUGUAUGUGUCCACAAGAAA